AUGAAGACAACCCCGAAGUUCAAGCCAUAUGUACAGGCAUGCUCUGAUUGUGGAGAAACACAGAACAUAAUCGAAGACUACAAAAACGGAUAUCAUGUGUGCUCUGUGUGUGGAUGCAUAGUGGGAAAUAGAAUAAUAGACGAAGGCAGCGAGUGGAGAUCUUUUGGAGACGGUAAUAAGGUGGAUCCGUGCAGAACAGGAAGCGCAAGCAAUCCGUAUCUCGAAUCUGAACAGCUGGAUACAAUGAUAAGCACGGGCGGAGGACUCAAUUCAUAUGUCUUGGCAAAUAUCCAGACAAAAAACAGCAUGAGAGGGCCAGAAAGAGCGCUAAAGCAUGGAAUGAAUCUCAUCACUGCAUUCUGCGAAAGGUCGAAUCUUUCGCGCACCAUCAUCGAUAGGGCACAUUAUAUCUUCAAGAAUAUUGAGGAAAGGAAACUUCUGAAGGGGAAAAACGUCGAGGGCAUUGUUGCAGCAUGCAUAUACAUAGCAUGCAGGCAAGAAGACUGUCCACGAACAUUCAAGGAAAUCAGCGUGAUGACUGCUGUUCAGAAGAAGGAAAUAGGAAGAAGCUUCAAGCUGAUUUCUCCUCAUCUUGAGCGCAUGACAGCAAUGUCCACAGAAAACCUCAUAGCAAGGUUUUGCUCCGAUCUCAACCUGAGCAUUAAAAUCCAAAAGAUAGCCACCGAGAUGGCAAAGGCAGCACACGAACUCGGGUGUCUUGCCGGAAAGAAUCCAGACUCAAUUGCUGCUGCAGUGAUAUACAUGAUAACGAAUCUGUUUCCGGAAGAAAGAAAGAUUCAGAAAGACAUUCAGUUGGUUACGAAUGUCACAGAAGUAACAAUAAAGAACACAUACAAGGAACUGCUUGCAUUCAAGUACGACAUCAUCCCUGAGGGAAUGGUAAGCAAGGAAAGCAUAGACAAACUCCCGGGAUACUAA